AUGAUGAAUUAUAUUUCCACCAUCUUAAUAAUAUGCUUAUCUUUGCAAAUAACAUAUUCAACUCAUACACUCAACUUAGUCUAAGAUGAAUAAGCCUUAUGCUUGGAUGGAUCAAGAGGAUCUUUUUAUUUCGAUAGAGGAAGUGGAAGUGGAGCUAAGUCAUGGAUUAUUUAUUUCCAAGGAGGAGGUUGGAUUGGUGGAAGCACUUUGGAAGCUACAAAGAAUAGUGCUUUAUCUAGAUCAAAAACAGAUAUAGGGUCAUCUAAAAAUAAGGCCCAAUCAGUCAAUAUAGGUGGAAUCUUCUCAAGGGAUUCUAAAGUAAAUCCUGUUUUGUACAACUGGAAUUCCAUUUACAUCAACUAUUGUGAUGGAACAGGAUAUGCCAAAGAUCCAAUCGUUGUUAGUGGAACCAAUAUUUAUUUUAGAGGUAAUUCAAUUACAAGAUCUAUAAUAAAUUAAUUUUUGGAUGAAUUGAAAUAAGCUGACAAAGUGAUUGUAUCUGGAUGCUCAGCAGGUGGAUUAGCUUCUUUUACUUGGGUAUAAACUAUUAGAGAUUUAUUACCACCAAGUGUAACCGUAUUAAAUGUUCCAGAUUCCGGAGUGUUCUAGGAUUUGUCAACCUAUGAUGGUUCCAUUACUUAUAAAAAUACAUAUCAUACUAACUUUAUGUAAUUGUCCAAUAAAGAAAUUUCUCCCCCAAAUACUCAAUGUGUCUAGUCAAAUCCUAAUGAAUAAUGGAAAUGCUUAUUUGCCCAAUAUUUAAUUGAGUACAUUGAUACUCCAAUUUUCUUUGUGCAAUCCCCAUAUGAUUCAUGGUGUAUCCCAAAUAUAUUGAAGUUAUCAUGUGCAAAUGAUGGAACCUUAUAAAACUGCAAUCAAAGCUAAGUUAACUUUAUAGAAAGUCAUGCCAUAAGUAUGGAAGUGAUGAUGAAAUCAAGAUUUUCGACUCAUUUUAAUACUGGAGGAUUUGGUCCUGCCUGUUUAUAACAUUGUUUCCUAGAAGGUUCAAACUACUAUGGAACUAAGUUCUAAGUCCCAACUGGAUCAGGAAACACUAUUGCUAAGACUUUGUCUGCCUGGGUUUUAGAUUAAUCAGUUUCUUCUAAUUACUUAGAUAAUGUAUCAUGGCCUGAUAAUGUUGGAUGCAAUAAUUUAUCAAUAGAGAUGUGAGUUAAAAUUCAUAUAAGCAAUUUAAUUAUUAUUAUUGUUUCA